CGCAAAUUCGAUGUUUUCAUUUUAUUUUGUACAUCGCUAGAAGGCAGUGUUGCUCGACUAUUUUCCCAAUAAGAGUGCGGUAACAGAAAACAAUGCAAAAGAAGCCGCUGAAUGCAAACACGCUGUUGGACAAACUGCACCGAGGCGCUGUCUAUGCCUGCAUCGGAGUUACCCUAUAUGGCACCUAUAUGCUAGGAAUGCGCUACUACCAUUACUACACUGUGAUACGGCCAGAGAAGCAGCAGGCGGAGCUGAAGCUCCUCGACGAAGGCGCCCACGACAAGGCCAAGGAGCUUAAAUACUAAAACCGCAUGUCCUCUAUAUAUAACUAUAGAUAUAUGCAUCGUUUUUUCUAAUUUGUAAUGUUUGUUAAGCGUAAUAAAUAGUUCCGA